GAGAGAGAGAGAGAGAUCGGAGGCACAGGCUACAGUUAUGCAAAGACCGUGUCGUGGGGUUAUAUUGCCAUUACGCACUUUUACGCACUGACAGCUACUUUCAAGAGAGGAACUCUCAGCGCAGAGGAGCGGGAUUCUGGAUUCCUCACAUAUAAGCCACAGGAAGAAGAAAUAAAAGUUUUCAUUAACAUUCAGCCAAUCUCCAGUAGAACAGCUUGAUCUUCAGAGCAGACCAGAGUCAGCCAUCCAUCCGCACAGGAAUGGUGGAUCACUUGCCGCUUGGUGAGGAGACCUUCCUGUAUUAUAUCGGCUCCCCGGGGUCUGACUACAACUGCCUCUGUCGCCACGCCAAUGGUAGCGUGCCACCAGGCAUCAUGGUAACGGACGCAUGCAUCUACCACCACCCAUACCAAGGGGUGACAGUCUCUUCCUCACCUCGCCUCUCUGAAGAUGACCUCAGUGACUCCUCCAGCCCUCGUUCCUCCCUCUGCUCCAGCCCUGAGUCCUCAUCGCCAACCUCGCGGCCCAUUUUUGGCUCCUGCUACGAAAGCAGGAGCAGCAGGAGCAGCUCAUCAGGGGGAGAGAGUCAAGACAGCCUGCUGGACCUCCUGCUGUCACAGGCCUCACUUACCACCUCAUUAAGCUCUCAUGCCAGCAGCAGCUCUCUCUCUUCUCCUCUUCCUUCCUCUCUAUGCCUCUCCUCCCCACCCUUCUCUUCCUCCUCGUCUCUCACUGCCCCCCUUUUACCCAUGGGCCUGGCCUGGGAGUCCAAGAGGGAGCAACGGCUGAGUCUCCUCCAGCAGCAAGCCAAAGAGGACUGUUACGAGUUCCCCGUCUUCCUUGAUGAGCUUCAGGAUCCUGCGGGGCUCCUCUUUCAGCCGACCCUGGAAGAGAUUGAGGAGUUCCUCGAGGAGAACAUGGUGGUGGCAAUGGAGAAGGAAGAGGAGGGGAGUGAUGAGGCAAUGUCACCAACAUCAGAGGACGCCGAAGUGGAAGGUUCAAGGAUAUUAGCAGGAGAACUUGUAUCAGUGUCACAGAACUCAGAUCAGACUGUUCCUGUGGCUCAGUCUCCACUCUCCUCCUACACAGAGACCAAACAUUCUCCAUGUGCAUCUGACAUGGACAGCUCACUAUCAACAGUAGAUGCUAGUUGUAUAACUAGUUCUAGUUCUUCUAGUAGUCAAGUUGAUGGGAUCAAACAGGAGGACUGUGGAUCAUCACCAGCCUCAUCAGAAGGUACCAGUGCUGCCUCCAGUGUGCCUGUCAUCCUACAAAUCCAGCCCAUACAGAUCAAACAAGAACCAAACCCCAGUGCCAUAACAGAUGCUGUCUCCCAGCAAACCCAACCCCAGAAAACCCAGUCCCAGCAAACCCAGGCCCCAUCGGAUAUCAAAAUUGCCCAGCUUCUGGUCAGCAUCCAGGGGCAGACCUUUGCCUUGGUGCCUCAGCUGCUUUCCCCAGCAAACAUUAGUAGCUCAAGUAAAACAGGAAGCGCUGCUUCUUCUAAAUUUGUCCGGAUUGCACCAGUGCCCAUUGCCGCUAAACCCACCGGGCUUGGGGAAGGCGGGCUGGGUGGAGGUUCGGCUACAGGGAUCCUCGCUGGAGGUCAGAAGUAUCAGAAAAGUGCAGUAGCAGACCUUAUAAAAAUGCACAAGUGCUCUUUUCCUGGCUGUAAUAAGAUGUACACCAAGAGCAGCCACCUUAAAGCCCAUCUGAGGAGGCACACAGGGGAGAAGCCCUUCGCCUGCACAUGGCCCGGCUGUGGAUGGAGGUUCUCCCGGUCCGACGAGCUGUCCCGACACCGCCGCUCCCACUCCGGAGUGAAACCAUACCAGUGCAUCGUAUGCGAGAAGAAGUUUGCCCGCAGCGAUCACCUGUCGAAACACCUCAAAGUCCACCGCUUUCCACGAAGCAGCAGGACAGGACGCUCUGCAAACUGACCCCCCUGACCCUCUCUGACAGACUGACGCUAAGCAGGGGGGCAUAUAUGUAUGUAUGAGUAAGAGGAAAGACAGAUGGGGGGGGGGGGGGUGAAAGUCCAAACACCCUUUAAAGGAGUCUGUGCAGGACUCUUUAUGCUCAUGUGUGUUUAUGUUCAAAUAUGUACGCGUGACGUACAUUCAUGGUACUGUGAUAAUUUAUUGGGUGGUGAGGAAAAGACUGUAAAAACUAAACUAAAACAAAAAACUGUUACUUGACAUAACACCCUCACAGGUGGAAUAAGCUUCUUGUAUAUUACAAUGUUUAUUUGUCUCAGUCAAAUCUUUUAGCUAAUCUAAUUUGAAGAAAGAUUUGCUAUUCAGAGUAUUUUUACACUCUGAGGCGUGUGCUAUUACUAAUGUUUGAGUCAAAAGCCUUAUAUCAAUAAAGGUUGUAACACUGGGGGGUGUGCUACUAUUUAAAACCCCCAGUUUUCUUUUUCCUUUCCUGGAGCCAAAUGUUGUUUAAACGUAAUAUUAGCUAAAACUCAUUGUUCUCUGGCUUGAAUUUAAAUUGUUGCCCAGCAACAAGAGCUUACUGGACAUUGUAUUAGGAAGCGUUGGGAUCUACGGGGCGGUUUCAUUCUUUUUCGGAAGAUGGUAGAGUAAAUGAUGCAUCAACAUUCCUUUAGCUUUGAAUCAGUCUCUUUGUUGCCUAUGAGUCUCAUUGCAGUAAAAAACACUGUAGUAACCUCAGUCACAAGAACAAAGAUCAUGUUGAAUUACUGCUCACCAACAGAGAUCAUAAUAAUGUGUAAUUUGCACUGGUGCACAUGAAAUGUCUGGUUUCUGCCCAUACUGAGUAUUCUGAGUAUUUUGUGUAGUUGUAUUGUGGUCUGGCUUCACUCAUAUUCUAUGAUGCCUUUUUGUCUCAUUUGGUUAAAGAAGACAUCCUCAGAGUAGCUGUGAGUGCUGGGAUUUAUGGCCUUUUUGGAUCAAAACAGAUCGGGGUGCAGCUACAUCUAGUGAUCAUCCGCAAAAUAUUUCAAGCCAAGGUUUCAAAUACAUAUUUACAGAAGCAUGUCGGUUGUUCUGUUUUCAACUCAUGAUAAAUCACAAUAUGUGUUUUCUAGGUUUGUGCUGUUAUGUGAUGCCAUAUCAUGUAUUACUUUAUGCUACUUUAUUUACUUCAUGCGUCUGCUGUCAAAAAUAAUACAUAAUACAAAAUGACAUGAUACAAAAUUGUAAAUUCAUAUUGCUAAAAAACACUAGGAAAGUCUAGUAUCAAUGUGAAUCAGUCAUCGAUUCACACUGCUCUUGAACAUGCCAAAUCUCUUGCCUUUUCUCUUGCCAGAUUAUAAUUUCUUUUCUCCCUUUUCUGCCCACAGAAUUACUUCAGUACAGAUGAAUACAUUACAUAUUAAACAAAAUGAAAUGAAAAGGUUUAACUAUCAAAUUUACCUUGACUUUUUUUGUACUCGUUGCCCAUUUGUUGAGACCGGAAUUGCGUGUCGUUCAAACAUCAAAUAACAAAUUCACCCAAGUCCAGCAAAAUAAAUGCAUUAGAGCAAGACUAAGUAACGUUUGAUGAACAGCAGCCACUGUUGCCACAAGUGGCAUUAACAGUGAAUGCUAAAGCAUAGCGUUACAAUAGCACAAGGAGACAUGGAGUCAUUGAAUGUGCUCACAUUGGCCAACAAAAGCUACUGGUCCAACCAGACCAAGUAAGGCCUUAAAGCAAAACACCUGAGUGUGUUGAAUUUAGAAAGGGAGUGUUUUAUUGGUUAUGAAUUAAACUUUUCAUUUGUAAGAGAAUGAAUUUGCAAUGUGUCUUUCAAAAGUUGCAGUGACUUGGAUCAAUUUUUGGAAUAAUUUGCACCUAUCUUUCCCACUGAAGCCUGUUCUCUAGCAAAAGUCAACUUUUUUUUCACUUCCUCCCACAGAUUAAUUUCAUAUGAUGAAAACUGAAAUGAAAUGAUUUACAUAUCAAAUUUAACUGGAAUUUUUUUGUACCUGUUACCCAUUUGUUGAGAGUGGAAUUGUAAGCCAUUACAGCAUCAAAUAACAAAUUCAUAGGGAAUCUUUAACUUUCUUUGGUCUUACCCCAACAUGACUUGUUGCAGCAUAUUCUCCGAAGGUUAAUAGAAAAUCGAAAAGCAUCCAAAAAACACUAUUAUUUCUCCUUAGUCUUGGAACAUAUCAAAUCAAAAUGAGAUGCCUUUGUCUUGUACUGUUUAGGGAACAGUGACUGAUUUGCUUUUUUUGUCAUAUUAAAUUUUUAUAUGUAGGUUAGAUUAUUAUUCUGUGUUGCUCUGCAUCUCAGUUGAAUUAAACCAAACAAGUCAUGGGAGGGACACCAAAAUGCCUGCUGCACAGAGUUUAGAGAUGGUUUCCUGUGCCAUAAGGUGGAGGAUCAGUUGACAACAUUCAGUACUGAAACGGUUUGAGGAAAAGAUGUUCAAAUUUGAACUGAAACUCAGUUGUUUUUGGGAAUAUUUGAUAUGCUGACACCUACAAUGGCAAACCCUUUGAGUGUUCGGUACACAGCACCUGACGCUGUAUGGAGGAAGUGUAUUAACUCUGUCAGGCAUUCCUUCCAUACAAUCAAAAGAAACUCUUUUCUGAAUGGGUUGUCAUAUGUGAGCCCAUGAAUGUAUGUAAAUACUGUAUAUGCAUCUGAAAGGAGAACCGAAAUAUUCUUCUAGUGAUUUCUGUGAUUGUGAAAGAUUUUUAAAAAAUUAUGUAAAGAAAGUGUACAUAACAUGAUAAUUCAAAUAUAUAGUGAAAAGAUGUAGCACUUUUUUGUCAGGUGUUUACACGACACAUUAUUAAAAAGGCUCAUGAAAUGUUUCAUGGCACAUCCAUGGAUCAGCAUUUUGAAAAAAAAUACAUACUUAAAAAUGCAUUUCUGUAACAGUUUCUUGACUUGCACUCAUUUUAACAGGUCCAAAUAGUAGUGUAGCUUAUUGUAUAAUGAAACAUGUGAUAAGUCAUUUUCAAAUGGGUUCUGUAAACACUCUACACAAAAGAGUUGCUAAAAAUGAUAUAUUUUUGCUUUUGUUCUACUACGUAAAACACAUUUACAAUAAAAAUUCCAAAACCUAA